CGAUCCUAGAAAAUGGCAUAGGCAUAAGCUUUGGUCCCGUGAGUUUGGUUUAGGUAGAUGUGAUCCGUCAGUUCAAUCGCACUUCGCUGAUAUAAUGGUUUACUGUGGCUUGUUUUCUAUCGUACAAGUUUACGGCUCACGUACCGUUGCCAAAUGUGUGCGACUAUGCUUCGUAAGGAACAUUGGCAACAACACAUCAUCGAGAAACCCAAAAAAAACCGCCGGCCGGAGACAAAUUUGGAAUCUAUUGUUCGGGCGCUACUUACUGGUGACCAAUACCGUCAGUUCCGGAGUAUUGAUGAUGGCCGGCGACAUUGCAGCUCAAGAAGUAGAGCGUAGGCGUGAUCAAACUAGCAUCGCGUCCCUCGGCUAUGAUUGGUGGCGAGUGGCUAACAUGACACUGGUUGGAAUUUCUCAAGGGCCGCUUCAUCAUUAUCUGUACAAGUGGAUGGAUGUUAUACUGCCUGGCGCAUCCUUCGCUACAGUUUUUAAGAAAAUUGCAAUCGAUCAAUUUGUUAUUUCACCAAUAUUCAUCGUGACGUAUUUGUACAGUGCCGGUCUCUUGGAGGGAGCAUCCGUGGUCGAUUGCUCACAUGAACUGCGAGAAAAAUACUGGAUCAUUUACACCGCCGACUGGUUAGUGUGGCCACCGACACAAUUUAUCAACUUUUACCUGGUCAGCCCGAAGUAUCGCGUACUGUACAUUAAUGCCAUUACAAUGUUGUACAAUGUUUUUCUUUGCUACAUCAAGCAUAACAAUGACCUCACCUUCUUACCACUUAAGACAGCCGCACAGGAGCCGGAACUGAAAUCUUCAGUAACUCAGAGUGAUAUAAGAAACUAGGUUGCCGCUUAUAGUAAAAAUACGAGAAGUAUGUUUUUUCAUUAGCCUUCGUUUUUUGCUUUAAAACCUCGAUGCAACGUGCAUUCACAUCCUGUGUACUUAAUACUUUCGCAAUUGUUCCCAUAAUGUAAGAACUUUCUACAAUAUUAAUACCCUUCUUAUUCAAAUCUCUCAGUCAGUUUAAUAUUUUACACGCUUAAGUUAAUUAUUGAUUUGUCGUUCAGUUGGGAGCUUGAUUAAAACGUGCAACUGUUGAUAGGAUCAUGGCAACUGAUGGUGUGUUAGAGAUCAAGAGACCGAAAUCUAAAAAUCCAAGAAAGAAUCAACUUUCUAUGAAUUAUCUUUAUGUCGUACAUGCUAUGAAAAAUUUCCUGUGCAGCAUGUACAGUACAUGAAGCACAAAAUAUGACUUGGUAAGGUUUGACGAACUGUAAAUAAAACUGUUCAAAGGAUUGAGCAAAUUGUUACGAUUGUCUAUAAGUACACGUGAAAACUAACAUGCACCAUAUUGUCAUAGUGAUUAGAACCAAAAAAGGAAAUAUAAAAUCUUCAUUAGUUGUACAGUUCUAGUCUAUCAU